AACGAUGCAGGGAGCAGAGAGAAGAUACGAGGUCGAAUUCUUAAAGGUUUACGAAUUGUAUGAACCUCGAAGGUAACCUUGUCCCCAGGCUAUUGCGAACAGCCAUAUCAGAGACUAGCCCACAGCUGGAUUUAAAUGUACGCGUUGUCUUUUUCACACUUUGACCUUUUUCACUCGGAUUUACAAUGGGUCAAAAUCAGCAAGCUCAGUCAACCAGCGAAGAAGAGUUGGAAAUAUCGACAAUUCAAGACCUCUACAGGAGGUUCAUCAAUGAGUGCCCCAGCGGUUCGUUGCACUUGCACGAGUUCAAAAGGAUGUUUGGGGUUCAAAACGAUAAUUCGCCAGAAUCGCAAUACAUGGAGGGCAUAUUCAGUGCGUUUGAUAUGAAUGGGGACAACACCAUGGAUUUUAUUGAGUAUGUUGCUGCGCUAAACCUUGUGCUUCGAGGACGGCUCGAGGAUAAACUCAAGUGGUCUUUCAAGGUGUUUGACAACGAUGACAAUGGACGACUGGACAGGCACGAGUUGAGAAUAAUUAUAAGGAUCAUCUACAAGAUAAAGAAAGGUUCUGUCAGUGACGAGGCAGGUCAAACCCACCUUACACCUGAAGAGGUUUGUGACCGUAUCUUCCAGAAAGUUGACGAGAAUGGUGACGGUCAGAUAACUCUGGAGGAGUUUGUGGAGGGGGCAAAGAGAGACCCCUGGGUACAAAAACUCAUACGCCUGGAUAUCAACCCCAGUUACUGGGUCCACCAGCACUUGAGUGACAGAAAACUCCAGAGUCCAAAACGAUGAACUAAAAUGUCAGACAGGGAUGAAGAGGACAUUGGUUCUCUCUAUUAAAGAGGAUCUGAACCAAAACAAUAAGUUCUGUGGUUGAAAACGGCCUGUAUUCAUUAUCAUCGACUCUACUCCCAUAAUAGGGUAACGAUAGGAUGGUCAUAUAGUCAGUAUCUCUCAAAAUGGGGAUUUGCUAGAUUUAGGAAAUGAAUGACAUUGCCAAAUCCUUGGAUAUUUGAGGAUUGUGUAUGAAUUUCAAUUAUUCCCAGCAUAUUCACUCUCCGAGGAGUCAGAAGAAAGCGGAUGUUUCCAGUUUUCAUGGAUACAGUCUUUUCAACUUCCAUUUCCCCUGAAAAACGGAUGUGGGGACUUCGCUCAGGCAUCUUUUUGCACCUGCUGCAUUAGGUUAGAGCAUCCUGUAUGAUAUCCAAUUGUAGCAGCAGAAUCAACCUACAGCCCAUUUCUUUACAGACAGCAGAAAUCCCCAAUUGAGUCAUUAGCAAACAUCGCCUCAGGACUUAUUUGAUUGAGACCUUCUCCUACAAUGGCCUUCUCCUACAAUGGGUUUUGAGAAGGAGGCGAGGAGAGAGGACACGAAGAGUAUGCAUUUGAGAUUCUCCCAUUCAAUUUAUCGGGACAUGCUCUGCAAGGUGCCAAAAGCGUUCCACAGCAGUGCAGGCCCAUGUUGACUCCAAUGCUUCCCAAGUUGGCUGGAUGUCCUUUUAGAUGGUGGACCAUUCUUGACACACAAGGGAAACUGUUGAGUGUGAAAAACCCUGCAGCGUUGCAGUUCUUGACACAAACCGGUGUGCCUGACACCUACUACAAUAUCCUGUUCAAAGGCACUUAAAACUUUUGUCUUGCCCAGUCACCCUCCGAAUGGCACACAUUCACAUUUCUUGUCUCAGUUGUCUCAAGGGUUAACAAUCCUUCUUUAACCUGUCUCAUCCCCUUCAUCUACACUGAUUGAAGUGGAUUUCUAUGUCAUGGAAAGAAAAGGUGUCCUUAAUGUUGUGUGCACUCUGUGUAUA